AAAUAUGUAAUAUAACAGUUAUACGCGUAUUGAGAUAUUUUUUAACGUUCAUAAGUAACUGUAAAUUAGAUAGACGUAAAUUAUUUACAACAAAGAAAGGAGGUUAUGAACAGCCGCACAUAUGUUGAAAUAAUUCAUUUCAUUUCUUUCAUUCACAAAAAGUCAAAUCCAAAAAGUUGAAUUGUCAUACAUUUACAAUUAAUAUUAUUUUGGAAAGUAUUAUUUUUUAUUUAUAAAUAGACACUUUACACAAGAUGAGUGACGAAGGUAGAGGCACGUUAAUAGAUAAAUCUGAGAGCAGUUCCUUUGAAGAUUUGGCUUCUGCGGCCGCUCAUGAGAUUGAAGAAGCUAAACUGGCAGAAGCGGCCGCGGCCGCCGCCGAGAAAGAAAAAACGCCAGAAACGAAAACUGAUGAGUGGCAGGACUUGCUUGGCUCCGGCGCUUUACUUAAAAAGAUAAUAAAAACAGGAGAUGAAUCAUCCAAUUUAAGACCUCAGAGAGGUGAUAUAUGCAAAAUUAGUUAUGAACUUAAAAUAAAGGAUAGCAAUGACAUUGUUGAAAAGCGAGAUCUAGUUAAGAUAUAUUUGGGAGACAAUGAAGUUUUACAAGGCUUGGAUCUAGCAUUGACAUUAAUGCACAAAGGAGAAGAAUGUCAUCUUCAGAUAGCGCCGAGGUUUGCGUACGGAGACGCAGGUUUGAAGACCGGUGAGAGCCUCGGUUUGAUAGGAGAGGUUGACGGGGCCAACUAUGAAGGCCCCACGAUUGGACCCGACACCAUGCUAGAGGCUCGUUUAGAACUGCAUGACUGGAGUGAGGAGCCAGAGCAUGAAACCCUUUCGAUAGCUGAGAGGAUGGAGACUGGAAUCCGGCGGCGAGCACGUGGUAACUGGUGGUACGGUAGAGGCGAAGCCCAACUCGCUGUGCAAUUAUACCGUCGCGCGCUGGACGUACUCGACGAGAGCGAGGGAGGCAUCACGGACCCCACGCCGUCCGGCGAUUUGGCUCCCACUAGUGACGCGUUGACCGCUCUGCUUGAAGAGAGGCUUAGGGUACACAAUAACAUGGCCGCCGCGCAACUGAAGGCUGGAGCUUAUGAAGCUGCUUUACAGGGAGUAACCAGAGUGCUGACCUGUCAACCCGAAAACGCGAAAGCGUUAUACCGCAAGUCGCUGAUCCUGUCCGCGAUGGGCCGCAACGCCGAGGCGUUGGAGGCCGCCGCCGCCGCGCGCGCCGCGCCUGCCGAUAGCGCCGCGCGCCGCGAGCUGCAGCGGUGCGAGCUGCGCGCGCAGCGGGACCGCCUCCGCGAGCGCGACCUCGCGCAGCGCAUGCUCGGCACCGCCGCCCGCGCCGCGCCCCCGUCCGCACCCGCGCCUGCGCCCGACAAGAAACCAUCCAGCUCUAAGAUGUUGGUGUGGGGCUCGCUGCUGCUGAGUUUGUUGGUGGGCGUGGCCAGCGUGCUCGUGUACCGGUACAAGAUGCAGGCGCAGUGAGCUGCUAUGGCGACGGUAGAAUAAAGUGGAGAAGAUACCAGUGGUUUGAUCGUUCGGGGACGGUGCACAUUAUACUUAAGGUCAUAUCUUCGCAGACAAAACAAACUGCUAAGCUUUCGACGAGCUAUCAUUUAGGCGAGGUUCAGAUACGUUAUCGCUGUAAAUAAAUAUAUAGCAACCAUAACGGUAUUAGAUGCGAACUGCAUAUUUUUUUAAAGAUUUAUAUUAGAUUAUUUUUGCAAUUGUCUAUGCUUUUACACAGUACGCGGACGGCAUUUUGAUUUGACAAAGGCUACGGUCGACACGCAUUUUUAACUAUUUUCCCCUGAUUAGUUUUCUAUAAAUCAGAAUCUUUAACUGUAUUUUAUUGUAAAAAAAAUAUGUAGGUUUAGGCUAAUUGUAUCGUGGAAGCUGUCUUAAGCAAUAAAUGGCUCAGCACUCAGUUAUUUGUGUGUAAAGUAAAUAUUUUUGGGCGCAAAUAUCAUAUCUAUCUGUUAUAUUUAUUGUCCAUAGAUAGGUGCCAAAAAUGUAUAUAUUAUGUGUAAAAAAUAUUUGUUUCUAAAGUCAGAUAAAGCAAAUAUUUACAAGCAUAGAUACAAAGUAAUGUGAAUGUUAUAUAUUUUUGGACUCUUUGAAGGGCGGGGGCGAAUAAAACAAAGCAUUCCAAUUGUAACAUUUUUUUACAACCAUUUAUUUUAAACCUUGGUUUAAUUUUGUAUUCUCAUUUGGUAUCUAACGUUAGAAGUUAAAUUAGUUUUAUUUUAAGACAUUGGUUUGGUAAAGGGGAUUGUCCAUCCCUAGAGAACACAACGUAAGAAGUACGGUUACAAUAUACUUACAUCAAUAAACAGAUUUGUUGAAA